AGUCAAAUGGCAAAUUGUAGUCAAAGUGAUAAGGUUUAGUGGGGGCAGAAUACGUUUCGAACUUUUUUUAGUCUGCUAUGACCGGCGGGGGCGGCGGCUAUGAGGAUGAGCAGAUCCGAGUACACGCGGGUUCCUGACCUCGAACUACUCGAAGUCCCGGAGGGAAUCAGGAUCCAGAGAUCGCCCUGGGAUCAACCCUCGUUGACCGCAUCCAAUUCCGGUUCGAUUUGCCUGACGGUAGACCGUAAAAGACACGAUAGGAGGAAAGAAAGGCUCAACACGGAACUUCUAACUGCGGUGUUUCGCUCAGAUCACCAACAGACAAUAAGGUUACUGGAGCUUGGUGCUUCGCCGGAUGCGACUUGCAGGCCUACAAGAGUUUCUGUCUGUCACAUCGCCGCGCUGAAAGGAGACAAAGAUAUUUUGGACAUUCUGCUCACAGCCGGAGCUGAUUUUACAGCCAGGGACAGAGAAGGAAGACAGCCGAUUCACCUUGCAGCAUGGGAAGGCCACGUCAGCAUAUUGUCAAUGCUGUUGAACAUGGACGAAGAACUGAUAAACAGUCCGAUUUUAGUCGAAGAGCACCCCACACACGAAAUAGACUGUCUAGAUUCGUGGAAUCACAAACACGACGAGCUUUUGCAUCUGGUCCCGGACGAUGUUUCAGAGGGUAGCACUUCUUUACAUUUAGCGUGCAAACGGGCUCAUGUCAACUGCGUCAAAAUGCUCAUUCACAUGAAAGCAAAUAUACACGCGGAAGAUUUAAACGGAUUGACGCCCCUUGACGUCUCUGGGCUUUGUUACGACGAAAUUGACAAUCCCGUGCCGAAAAGAAGACGUAAUUCCAGUUCGAACACGACGUCCUCCAAAGAAGAAACCCCACCGUUGGAAGAGUUUAGAAGUAAAAAGAUAAAGAAGAAUCCUUCCCUGAGGAAUGUGGUGAAACCUGUUUACAGGGUGGUGAAUUUGCUCAUCGAACGCGGUGCGAACAUGCCGAAAGGCAACUUGAUCAAGAGUCGGAGUUUGAUCAACUCCAAGAAAAUGUCAGUGACGACUCUUCACACUGCGGUGGCCAAAUGCGAAUUGGAAUUAAUCGAGUGCCUUCUCCAAAACGGAGCCAGCCUUUCUACCUGGAACGACGAAGGCGAAACCCCGAUACAUUUAGCCAUCAGGAAAUGGUUUUUGGACGCGCUCAAAGUUCUAGUCAGCUGGGACCCGAAAAUGAUCGACGUCAGGGACAGUGAAGGCAGGACCCCUCUGCACCUGGCGGUCCUCCAGGAGUGGUCGAACGGAGUUGAAAUACUCCUCGAAGCCGGAGCCGACGUGACCGCGGUUACGAACAAUCGGGAAACGGUUUUUCACAUUGCUGCUCAACUCGGAAACAGAUUUAUGCUCGAAGAAUUACUCUCUGUACCGGACUCAACCAAGGUUCUCGAGUAUAGAAAUACAUCCAUGCACACGCCGAUCUUUCAAGCCGUUAUAAACAACCAUUCAUUAUGUAUGGAAAUUCUGUGUGAAAAUGGUGCGGACCUGACAGUGAGCGUGCAAGGUAAUUUUACCCUGCUACAUUGCGCCACGUCCAACAACUCGCCGGAAAUAGUCGAAUACCUCCUCCGCGACCCGGAAGUGGCGAAAAAGCUGAAGGACGUUAAGCUCAGAGAUGAAAAGGGCGGGAUGACUGCCCUGCACAUCGCUGCAAAGCAGGGAUUCGUCGAAUGCAUCAGACCGCUUCUAGCAGCAAGAUGCGACAUAUAUGCCAAAACGUCCGAAGAGCCUGAAAAGUGUUCGACGCCACUCCAUCUCGCUGCCAAAUACGGUUGCCUCGAAGCCAUCGAGCUAAUAGUCUCCUGCGACAGCAACACUUUGAAAUCUGUGAACAAAGACGGUUGGCAGCCUCUGCACGUCGCUGCCAGCUCAGGUCACGGCGAAUGCGUCAAGCUCAUGCUGAAGAUGGGCGCGGACAUAUCGGAGACCGUCCAGGACAGAAGCUGCAAAAGGUCCGGGCUGGAUAUCAUCAUGUACUGUGUCCCUCAGCCCAUCGAUUUCAUCGAACAAAUACUCGAUUCCUACAUAGAAGUGAACCAACGUUCAUUAUCAGAUCCCGAAUGCAGAAUUACGCUUAAAUACCAGAUUUUGGUGCCCAACCAAGAAUCCGGAAAACAGCUGAAAGUACUCAACGCUGUCUUAAACAGCGGAAAACGGGCGCUCCAAGAGCGAUUCCUCCUCCAUCCUUUGGUAGAAAUAUUUCUCUUUCUAAAAUGGAAAAGACUUAGAAUAUUUUUUACAGCGAUAAUGGCAAUACAUGUCAUCCUCACUCUGUCUCUUACAGUUUUAGCGCAUUUAGAAUAUGUUGAAAAAAACUCAACCCAUGUGCUAAAAAUUUGCGUUGAAGUCGCCAGAGGGGUACUUUACGCGUCUCUCCUGCCCAUAGUAAUAGUUGAAAUCGUCAAUGCUAGUCAGCUACAAAGGUAUUAUUUCCUUGACUUCGAGUCGUGGGUGAAGUGGGCCGUGAUCUUUUCCACGAUUGUAGUCGGCCUGAUUGAUCCGAAUCUAGUCUGGGCCCGUUACGUGACAUCCGUCGCGAUACUUAUCGCCUGGAUGGAAUUGCUGUUCCUGUUAGCCCAUUUUCCCUCCUGGGGAUUUUACGUCUUGAUGUUUUCACGUGUAGCAUCCAAUGUUUUCAAGGUUUUGGGAACAUUUACGUUUUUAGUUCUUGGAUUUACAUUUGCUUUCCUCAUAUUGUUCGAGGCGAAUGUGCCUUUUAGGAACUUCAUGGAAUCGCUGGUUAAAGUGAUCGUUAUGAUGUUGGAAUUCGAUUACGAGAACAUGUUCGAAUCUGCGCACGAAGUCACCGCAUUUUCCAUCAUCGGACGUUUCAUGUUCGCAACUUUUGUCGUCCUCGUCGCCAUGGUGAUGAUGAAUCUCAUGGUGGGCCUGGCUGUCAGCGACAUCGCCGAAUUGGAAGCCCAAGGGAAGACUCAGCGGCUCGCGAAGCAGACGGCUUUCCUCAGCUUCCUCGAACGCUGCGUCUACAACGAAAAGCUCCAAAAAGUUCUGCCAUGCGGUGUUUUCAACGUGCUAAAAAGGAGGAGGGCGGUGCCCGAAGUCACGGUCAUCCUGCCGUCGCAACCGAUGUACUCCGAUGAUUUCGUCUUACCGAGAGCUAUGAAAGAAGCCGUUUUGGACAGACUCUGGGACCAAAUGGGCCAGAAACACAAUGAAAUUUCUAUUAGCCUUCUCGACAAUAAAAUCGAUCGGUUAGCCGGAAUGGUGGACAAUAACCUAAGGAGCGUCAGGUCCUCCUCUAAUUCUUCAAGCAUAUCCUUAUCAACGGAAAACACACUCACCGAAGACACUAAGUCCAUUUUAAAACAAAUUUUGAACGAUCAACGACAAUUAAUGGACCAAAUAGAGCUUGUUCUCAAAAGAAAUUAAUCUAAUUUCAAAGGUACUUUUCAAGAACCCAAUGUAAGUCGUCGUAUCAAACAACCUACAUUAUCAUGAUGUCAGAAUUUAUUUAUUGCCACAAAUUCGUAGAUAUAAAACAAUAAAUGUAAAAUAAAUAAAUUACUGGCUUUA